CCUAAACAAGCGCGCAAGUUCUAGAAGUUUUAAACAAAGGCAUCGUCGAGCUGGAAACGCUAUCUCCGACGGGCGAAAUGUAAGCAAACGAGUGCAAACGAGUGCAAUCGAGGGCAGAGAGACAGAAUUGAGGGAGAAUUAACUAUUUAGUCGAAGAUCGAGAAGUGGGCAUGGAAGUGAGAGAGAUCAGAAGAGACAGAGGUGCCGGGAGCGAAGCGUGUGCGCCGCUGUGUGUGCACGGGUGUAAGGGCUGGCGAAGUCGCGCGGCGAACGAACGUCAUUAUAAGACGGUCAUCCAGCAGUCCAUGGACGACAGUCGAGGGUCUUCCUCGGUACGCGGCAUCGAUCGAAGCCUUACGAUAUCGUAAGACAGUGCCAGAGAAGUGUAAACAUCAUUUCUUGUCCGGUUGUAUGGUAUUGAAAAAAUAUUACGUGCCGUAUCCGCCCUCUGCCGCCAUAAAAGAUGGCACCUUCGUGCGUUGAGGUGAUCCUAGUCGGUUUCAUUCUUGUCCUACCAUUCCUCUACGAGAUGAACAGGACCUUCCGUUACUAUUUCAAAUUUCUCCUCUAUUACGGAUACGUGACGAUCAAUUCCAUCACUUUACUCCCAAUUAUGAUGUUACGUCCACGGAACGUAAAGAACUUUAUAUUAGCAUCAUCCGUAUGCUCCUGUCUUACUAAUUUUCUGGGAGUGCGUUGGGAACUUAGAGGAAGAGAACAUUUAGAACAAGAUAGAGCAUGUAUAAUAGUUGCAAAUCACCAAAGUUCUUUAGACAUAAUGGGACUGUUUCAAAUAUGGCCUGUAAUGGAGAAAUGUACAGUCAUAGCUAAAAAAGAGCUUUUUUAUGCGUGGCCCUUUGGUUUAGCCGCUUGGCUUUGUGGUUUGAUAUUUAUAGACAGAAUGAACUCCGAGAAAGCUCGUGCAGUUAUGAAUACUGCCACAAACGAUAUUAAAAAGGACAAGAUCAAAUUAUGGAUCUUUCCUGAAGGCACCAGGCACAAUACUGGUGAAAUUCAUCCUUUUAAAAAAGGUGCCUUUCAUGUUGCUAUUACUUCUCAGUUACCUAUACUACCAGUUGUAUUUUCUUCUUAUUACUUUCUAUCCUCGAAAGAGAAAAGAUUCGAUGCUGGUCGAGUUAUUAUAACAACAUUACCACCAAUAUCUACAGAAGGAUUAAAUACAGAUGAUAUUGAGCAUUUAAUGCAAAAAACUCGAUGUGCUAUGUCAGAUGUUUUUCAAACGACUAGUCAUGAAGUAAAAUUGUCAAGUAAUUCUGCAACUUCUUAGAAUGAAAUGAUCAUUCCAUGGCAAUUUGAAGAGAAACCCUGUCAUUUAAAAUUCAACGGUAACUGAGUGUUAGCUUGGAAACCAAAGACUAUUUUUCUAUGCCUUAUGUUCCAUUUAGUGAUUAUAAUUGUUUUUAUAUUUUAUUAAGUAUUCAUUGCAUAUGAAAAAUACGUGCGAAAGAAUAAUUGGAUAAAUGUUGUAUAGUAAUUAUUCUUUUUCUACAAUAUUUAUUUAUCAGUAAUUUUAUUCCAUCUUGAAAUAUAAUUUAAUGCUCUGAAUUUUACAGUAAAUGGUAACAUAAGAACUGCAUGUAAAUUGCAAUGAACCUUUAUACAAAUUUUGCGAAUAUUAUAUAUACAUGAAUGCAAUAUAAACCUUAAUUUUUUGUUUAAUAUUAGAGGAAAGAAUGUUAUAUUGUGGAGCAGCCUUUGUAUUUUUUUAGGAAAUUGUAUAAUUUUUAGCAAGUAAUGGCAAUCUGAAUUUUAUCUUCGAAUUGUAUAUACUAUUAAUCUAAGUACAUUUUACAAAUAUUUAAAUAUUAAUAUUUAUGUAGGUAGCAAUCAUUUGGAUAAUACGUUUAGAGAAAAGGAAUUUGCAAACUUUGAAUGAUAUAGCUAAUUCUUUUUCUCCUCAGCCACAAUUAUUUGAAUUAUUUAUGCAAAAUGUAUUUGUUUUAUAAGAUUUUAUACGUGUUCAUAUGCCUAUUACAUGCUUCCACUCAUUACUGCACAGUAAAAUCUGAAAUUAAUAAGUUCUAGUUUUAAAAUUCCUUUAUCAUCUGAACCUAAUUAUUAGGUAAGUUUUAGAUUUAGACCCAAAGUUUUAGACAUACGAAGCAACCAUUAAACAAUCUAAUAUUGAAAAAAUCUUGUCAUUUGUUGUUGUACCAGUACAAUUCACAUACUGUGAUAAAAAUUCAUAUUCAACAUUAAAUAUUCUCUUAAGUAUUAAUUAUAUCAUUGUAAUGUUGAAUUGAAGCUACGCUAUUGUUUACAUAGUUUCAUUACAGAUAUACCAUUUUUGUAAUUUCAAAAUGAAAAUUUUAUUAGAUGGAUUGUUUGUAGAUUUAUAAUGUCAUGAAUAUAUUACUUAAAAUUAGUGGGAACUAAAAGAAUCAGUAAUUAUUUUAUAAGCUGUUCUUUCCAGAAACAUACUAAUAACAGGAAAUAUAAUUUUAAAAUAGAAAGCUACAUACUUUUAAUGCAUAUAAAUUUGUUAAACAAUAACUAAAUUCUGUAAACAAAAUGAAGUCUUUUGUUAUCAUACAUGUAUGUAUAAGUACACAUGUAAUAUACAAGUAUUUUAAGUGCCAUAUUUAUAAUUAGAAAAUAAAUUUCUUUUUAUAUCUCAUUUGUAUGACUGGAUCCAUCAUCAUGUAAGUUAAAAUCAACAUAGCAAAAGUGGAAGUGAAGUAAUAGAACAAAAGUUAUUCACUAACUGUAAGACUACCACAACAAUUUUACCAUAUUGAGAAGUUAUAUUAAUACACAUGAAGAGCAUCAUAAAAAAAUAAGAACUAUCAAACAUUUAUCGCAAUCAUGUUACCUGCUUUUAAUAUGAAAACAAUUAAGUUGCAUAAGUUCUUUUGUAUACUCUUUAUUAACAUAAUAAUAGCAUGAUACACUACAAUACAGCUUAUAGCCUAUGGAUAAGAAGUAAAAGAGAUAUUAAAUUAAAUUAAAAUAAAUUUCAAUCAAUUAAUGUUAUUGUUAUAUGAAUUAAAAUUAUUUACAACACACAAGGAGAAAAUAUCACUGUAUAAAAACAAAUAUAUGCGCGAUCUCUUUAUGCCUAAAUCUAUUCUAUACAUUAAACUUUUGUUAGGUAAUGAUUUUAAACUGCAUUUAAACAUAAAAUUACACAUCUGACUGACCAAAUCUCAUCUACAGUUGUUGUUGUUGUUGUUGUUGUUGACUCUCUGUCCAUGCUUUGGCUAUUGCUUUCUUCAUUUCAUCAUCUCCUUCUUGAUAAAUCUUCUUCAUUAAAUUCAUUAUGCCUGUACUGUAAUCAUUUUUAUCAGUCAUGUCUGGAAUAGAAGAUGACUUCAAUUUUUUGAUCGUAUUUUCUACUUUUGUCACGUGCGACCAUUCCUUUGUAUCUUUCUUGGCAAGAGAAACAAUAAUCAUAUCUUUUUUCACUUUGAAACUGCUCUUGCUAGGAUCAAUAUCUUCGCAUAGAUUGUUAAUUGUUAGAACAUAAUUUUUAUUAUCCAAUCCAAGCACUUGCAGAUCCAAUGACAUCUCGGUAAAGGAACAUUUUACAGCAUCUUUAGAUAACUGAUGUACAUUUUCUAAAGUGAUGUACAACUUUACUGCUGAACUUGUUUGUUCCCACCCAUAAUUGUUCAAUUUGACCUCAUAGCAUUUCUUAGAAGAACUCGGUUUUGCAUCGGAUGAUUUUACAGAUGUAUCUUUCUGUUCUUCAAGUAACUUAGCCAAUUCCGUUUGUAACCUCCUAAUUUCAAUAUUAAUUACAUCUUUGGCUCUCUGUCGACUUGCUUGUUGAAGCAGGUUGUUAAAUUCGUCUAUAUCCAAUUUUAACUGCAAGAAAGAAAUGUGAAAUUUAAAUUAUAUUUUAUAAUAAAGUACUUGACACGCGAGUCUUUUCGCAAUAACGGUUUCUUUCAAGAACAACAAAUAUGUUACUCAAGAUUUUGAAAGUUUAACCCAUGAACGUAUCCAGAUUUAAGUAAGUAUAACGCAAAACUAAGACAUUGUAUUACGAUUCCACAACGUUUAAUUAAAUAUAAUGUUCGCCAAGAAAAAUGUAACAUCCUUAUUAUAACUUAUAAUUUCAUGAAUGAACAACAAUGUUUCAUACCUCGUCAGCCUUGGUAGACAUAAUUUUUCUUAAAAGUGGCAACAAAUAUAAUUCACACGAAUUCAACAGCAAAGGAAAUGUUCAACGUUUCUCAAAUUUCUGACAAUAAUGAACAAAAUAUUACAAAAAUUAACACUGUUAUAGCUCAUAAGAACUUGACAUCAAUUCUUCGACGAUCAAACACCGCCUGAAUACGUUCACGAAACUGUGCGAUAGGCGACA